AUGCGACCUGCAUUGUCUUGGCCCGCCGUUUGCGAAGGUCGCGGCGCAGGGACCGUGAGCGGGCAGCGGUGCGCGGAAGCCCUGGCAGGCGCCGGCGGCGGCAGCGGCGGCGGCGGCGUCGAGGGGGCCAUGAGCUCCCACCACCACCACCUGGGCCCUAGCGCCCCCUCGGGCGAGAUCGACCACAUCACCUUCCUCUCGGAGCACAUCGGCGGCCUCUACCUCAACGAUGAGUACAGCGACGUGGUGCUCACGGUGGAGGGCCAGCGCUUCCACGGCCACCGCGUCAUCCUGGCGGCGCGCAGCGAGUACUUCCGAGCAAUGCUAUAUGGUGGACUGCGAGAGUCUCAGCAGGCUGAGAUUGAACUGAAAGGCACAUCGUUGCAGGCCUUCAGAGGACUUCUGAAGUAUAUCUAUACAGGCCACAUGUCUCUUGCCAACCAGAAGGGUGCAUUGCGGGAUUUGAUUUCCCGAGAUUCCUUCUAUGCUCCGGAGGCAGAUAUUUUCCAUGCGGUGGCUGAUUGGGCACAGGCGAAUCCAGACGAGGAUGCAGAGCCUGUAUUGUCAGCAGUCCGAUUGCCCCUGAUACUGUUUUAUUUACAUAGAGCAUACUCAUACUACAUUGAGGUGUCUAUCAACCAGAAAGACUGGGUGCGUGUUGUGGACCAUACCCGCUACCACUGUCGCUCAUGGCAGUUUCUAUACUUUGCUCCCCGAGUCGUGCGCUUCAUACGCAUUGUGGGUACCAAUAACACUGUCAACAAGGUGUUCCACGUUGUUACCUUUGAGGCCAUGUACACUCACACACCAGUCCAACUUCAUAAUGGAUUAAUUGUCCCAAAGGAAAAUAUGGCUACAGCUGAGAAAAGUGCAUCUGUGAUUGAGGGUGUGAGUCGCAGUCGCAAUGCUCUCCUAAAUGGGGACACAAAGAACUACGACUGGGACUUGGGCUAUACCUGUCAUCAAUUAGGUUCUGGUGCCAUCUUGGUGCAGCUGGGACAGCCCUACUGGCUAGGCUCCAUGAGGCUACUGCUAUGGGACUGUGAUGAACGCUCGUAUUCAUAUUAUGUGGAAGUUUCUGUGAACAUGUGGGACUGGGAAGUUGUGGCAGAUCGCACUCGAGAAUCGUGCCGAUCGUGGCAGCUGCUGCGCUUUCCACCACGACCAGUCGUGUACGUGCGCAUCGUGGGCACUCACAACACAGCCAACGAGGUACUCUAUUGGAUGAGUGCGCCUGUGCUAAGGCUUAAGGUGUUCCACUGUGUCCAUUUUGAGUGCCCCGCACAAGUGGAGGACCCAUCGCCAACUCCUGGCACUGUGCCCAGUACAUCUACUUUGCUGGAGGGAGGAGACGCCCCUGCUUCACUGGCACUGCCCUCAACGUCCAGUAGUGCAGUGCAGUCUGUUAUAAAGACUGCUUCUUCUUCUUCUUCUCCCCCACCAGACACAGCAGGGCCUACAGUGAUUUCUAAAAACGAGCCCCUUGAGCUUGCCGUUGUGUGUGCCAGUCGUCGGGUUUCAGAAGAAGAGGGAGAUGCAGUUGGUGCUGUGGGUGGUGUGGUAGCAGUGGAAGACAACACUAGUGGGGCUGUGGUAUGCGUAGCAGAUGCCAGCCGCCCAGAUGUUGCGUUAAGUGCUGGCGAGGCUGAUCGAAGUAGUUCUCCUGGCUUCUCAACAUAGUCCCAGAACUUGCAGUAUUGGACAGCCUGAGUUUGACACAGUGGUUCUGAGCUGGUGACACUGGUCCUACCAGAAGACAGGAGUGGAUUUGUUUGCUUGUUUGUUGUUUUUAUUUUAAUUUUUUCCCCUCUUUUGUUAUGUUUGCUAAAAGCAUUCAUGGAGCAAUCAAGAAUUUGAAAUUCAAGAAACUAUGUUGAGAUUGGAAAUGGAUAUGGUUUUUAUUUAUGGAGGGCCUUGUUGUAGUCCUAUGAGAAGUUUAGUGUUAAUCAUUUAAAUUUUGUAUCUUUGAAUUACGUUCAUAGUUGGUUGUAUACCUUGAACCUAAUGUCUCCUAUGAUGAAAUAUGACAAGAUAAUUCUUUGCAAGAGAUAUACAACUAUGACGUCAUUCUUUCUUUUUAUCCUGCUUUAAAUUGAUUUUUCAUUAAAUUUAUGGUAGAAAUUUGUAUUGUAAUUGCAGUGAGUGUCUUUAUUUUGAAAAAUAAGUCAUAUUGUUUGCCCUUAAAUUCUUAUUAAAGAAAGUUCUGAUUUGGCCAAAAGUCAAAACUAGACUUAGAAUUUCAAAAUGAAAAGGCUAAUCAUUCAAAAAAGUACUGUUAUUUUUGAAAAAUAUUUGUGUAUUGCCAAAGAAAGUUGGUUCAGUCUUCUGCAUCAUAGAUAGUGUGCAAAGGGACAAUUCGUUAAUAAUGUAAAUGUUAUUGCUCAAUUACUUUUUCUUUGCCUUGCACAUUUCUAAAUUUUCAAAUUAGAAGGAAUUGAGAGUUCUGCUGUGUACAGGUUAUUGAGAUGGCUUCAUUUCAAAUUAGUAACCUUAAGAAUGUUUUUGAAGAAUAUCUGAAAGUUUGGAAAUAUUUUCAUCCUAAACACCCUGUGAUGGCCCCUUAUGUAUUUGAAAAGUGAAGUUGGUAUGUUGAUUUGAAGAAACAUAAAUCAUAUCUAACUAUGGGGUUUGGUGACUGUGGUACGAAGGGAGAUAAAAAUUAGUUUCUGAAAAGGUUAGAUUUGCCUUGUCAUUUGGAUACAUUUGUAGAAAAUUUAGUUCUUUGAGUUAAAAGGUUUUUCAAUGGCAGUUAUAGUCGGAAUAAUUCAGAUUGGAUCUUAUUUGCUGCCAUUUCACUACCACCAUUUUGGGUUCAAAUUUUAUUUGAUAUUUUUCACUUUCAUAAAACAAUUCAAUUGUUUGUGGGAUAAAGAAUUAAAAGGUUAUUUGUAAAUUCAAAUCGCUGUUAUUCAUUUGUGGGUUGAGUAUGAAUGACAUUUAAAGUAUUUCCUAAUUUUUGAAAAUAAUCUCAAAGAUUAAGCCAAAAUAUGUUUCAAAGUACAAAUAACAUUAGAUUUAUUUUUAUUUCAUGAGAACAAAUUUCAUGCUGCGUUGGGAGAGAUUGAUGGAUGGUUUUAAUUAUGGUUAAUUACUGCUAAAUGAAAAGAAAAACGCCUGUUACUUAUAAUACCUUUCUUAAAUAUUAACACAUUUACACUGAUCGUUUAUUUGUUUUCUAAUUGCCGGAAAAUGUGGAGGACGUUUCACUUUUCCAGCGAAGAAAGACAAAUGAGCUCAUUAUGGUUGUGGGCUUACAAAUUUACAGUGCUUACAAACCUCCAUGUUAUCCUCUUCGCUGAGCAAAUUAACAGUUUUUUAUAAAUGACAGAAAGCAUUGUUUAAUAUACAAGAGAAAGGGUUUAACAAGUAUGGCUCCAUAAUAAGUUUAAUUAACUGAAAAUUGCAUUAGUUUCAUAAAACCUUUACAAGCCGGGAUUGAAACUAAAAUCUUAAAUGUGGGGAAGUCUGGUUGGGAGACUUGUAAAAGAUCAUGUGAUCAUGUUUCAUUAAUUUUUUCUUGACUGAGCAACGAAAUGGCAUUCCUCUCUCACAUCAUACAUACAUCUUUGGUAAAAUUGAUUGAGAUGUUCAAUUUCAUAACUAGAGUAAAAUUUGCAUGUGUUCCUUGAGAUGUUAGCAAAUUCCCUCGAUGUCUUUGUCACUCUGUUUAGCAUUACUGUCUGACAAUGUGUGUGUAGGGAAACAAGAAGACUUAAAACAUUAGGCGGAUGCCUCUUUUUCUGGUCAAUAUUGAUGAGCAGCUAGUUUCCUAUCUGUAUUAUAUUUAUGAUUUCUCAUUUUGAUAUUGCAUUAUCAGGAGAAAUUUAUCUGUAUUGCUGGCAGAAUUGUUUUUACUUGUACCUGGAAUAGAGGUGUGUAUGAGGGUAUGUAUGUAAAGUACUUAGAAUAAUCUAUGACCAGAUGUUUUUCAUGUUUGUUUGUUGUUUCACAAGCUGUAUUAUUCUUAAAAUGAAUCUAAAACCUUUACAAGGCAAGAACGGUGGACAAGAAAUCUGUCUAAUAUUAAUACAAGUGCCAUUUUGAAAAGACUUUGCAAGGAGCAUCAAAAGGCUUCUGUUAUGAACCUUGAGGUUCCAUGAGAGUAUCACUGGUCUGUCUUUCAAAGAGAAAAAAUUGUAUUAGCAUAACUUAUUACAAUGCCAAUUUCACAGUUUGUGUCUUGUGUUUUGUCACCUUUGGCUUUUGAAGCCCUUUGCAUUGUUUAUGUAAAUAAACUGUAUAAAGUAUGAAAAUAAUCCAUGUGACAUGAUCUUGCGCUCUCUGUUUUAAAAAAUGUCAUUACUUUCCAAAGCUACUCUAUGCAUGUAGCUUUUAAAGAAUGUAAAUAAAUUGUAAAAAGCAAGGAGUAAAUAAAUUUGGCUCUACAUACUGUUUUAUUUUGUUUGUGAAAAAAAGAAACCUGAAUGUAAAUUGAAGAAUAAGAAAAAUUCA